AUGGGAAGUGGAAACAUGACGGAAACAAAUGUGGAAGAUGCAGAUAGCGGAUUGGCUUUUUUCAGAAAUAUGUACGAUAAGUAUAGGGACGCAUUUCUAAAACACCUCAAGGAGUAUACCUUGGAAGAUGAAAUCAAAGAGCAUAUCUCGAAAUAUUAUAAACUUUUAUUUGAUUACAACUGCUUGGGGGGCAAAAACAAUAGAGGAAUUCUAGUCAUUCUUAUUUAUGAAUAUGUGAAGAAUAGAGACAUCAACAGCAACGAAUGGGAGAAGGCGGCCUGUUUGGCUUGGUGCAUAGAAAUCCUACAAGCUUCUUUCUUAGUAGCGGAUGAUAUUAUGGACAAAGGAGAAACUAGGAGAAAUAAACAUUGUUGGUACCUCUUAAAAGAUGUGGAAACGAAGAACGCUGUCAACGAUGUUCUACUUUUGUAUAAUUCCAUUUAUAAACUCAUAGAAAUAUAUCUUCGAAAUGAAAGCUGUUACGUUGAUAUCAUAGCAACAUUUAGAGAUGCAACAUUAAAAACGAUAAUUGGACAACAUCUGGAUACAAAUAUUUUUUCACAUAAAUAUUCAGAUGUACACCAAGAAAUUGACGUCAAUAAUAUAAAUGUUCCAGAGCAACCCGUAGUUAAUAUAAAUAUGAUUAAUUUUAAAGUAUAUCAAAACAUAGUUAUUCACAAAACUGCUUAUUACUCUUUCUUUCUCCCCAUUGUAUGUGGUAUGCUAAUAUCUGGAAUUGCAGUAGACAAUUUGAUAUACAAAAAAAUUGAAGAUAUCUCCACACUUAUGGGGGAGUAUUUUCAAAUCCAUGACGAUUACCUGGACAUUUUUGGAGAUUCUACAAAGACUGGGAAAGUUGGAUCAGAUAUUCAAAAUAACAAAUUAACAUGGCCGUUGAUAAAAACCUUUGAACUAUGUUCAGAAUCGGAUAAAAUAAAAAUAAUAAAAAAUUAUGGAAAAAAUAAUUUAGCAUGUGUAAAAAUGAUCGAUAGUAUUUAUGAGCAAUACAACAUCAAGAAACAUUAUGAGGAAUAUGAACAAGUGCAGAAGGAAAAAAUAUUAAGUGCCAUAAGCGAGUUGCAGCAUGAAGGCAUAGAAUACGUACUGAAAUAUCUAAUGGAAAUUUUAUUCACCGGUGUGUAA